AUUUUAUUAGAUAAGGGGGUGAGUUAAUACUUUUUUUAAUCAAUCUGUAAUUUAGAUAACUGCAUUAUAUACCCAUCUUCUGCCUGCACUUCCUCAUUCAUGCUCUUUGUGUUUUGCAGACUUCCUGGCUGUGCUUCAGUGGCGGGUGACUGAAUUUAGACCUCUCUGCACCACGGUGAUAGUAGUAAUGUGAAGUUUAAUGAGCACCUGCAAAGCUGUGUAGCAGGGAAGGAACUGCCAUGCCCGUGGGACUCUUCCGGGUGUGCCUACUGGUGAUUACAGCUAUUGUCAACCACCCGCUCUUCUUCCCCAAGGAGAAUGGCACUGUCCCCGAGAACACAGAAGAAAUCAUCCAGAAGAUGAAGGAGCGGGAGGAGAGCCUGCGGCUGGAGCAGUUGCGCUUGGAGCAGGAAAUCGCAGACCAGGAAGCCACACAGAAGGCUCUGGAAAAGGCUGCAGUGGCAGUGGAGGAAGGCAAAGAGGAAAAGGUCCGAUGGGAUAUGUGGACUGCCCUCUCCAUGGUCAUCUUCCUGCUGAUCGAGCUCUGGAGGCAGGAUUUCCAGGAAGGGAAUUGGCAGGACAUAGGAGGAGAAGAGGAUGACAUGGCAGUCCUGGGGAAAGCAUUUAAAGGAGUGGCCUUGCCCAACAAGGCUGUCCUGGCCAGCUUCUAUGAGAAGCGUAUCCUGGGUACCACUGGAGACAUGGCCAGGAUGCGGGAGAUGGUGGAAGGCUUUGCAGAUGACCUGCUGGAGGCCUUGAGGAGUGUUUGUAACCGGGAUGCUGACAUGGAAGUGGAAGAUUGCAUGGGUGUGGGGAGCAUGUAUGAGAACUGGAGAGUGCGUAAACCCUUUGUCUGUGAUCUGAUAGUGCCUUUUGCUCCCCCAGAGCCUUACUGCUUUCGCUGCCAGACCUGGUGCUCUGGUGACUCUUUUCCCCCAGAUGAACAAGGUUAUGGCACUAUCAAGGUGUGCAGGGCAGAUGAGGAUGCGACGGGCUGCAUCUGUGACAAGACUAAACUAGGGGAAGAUAUGCUGUGCCUCCUCCAUAGCCAGGUCAGUAGUACCAGGCCCAGCAGUGAGAUGGAAGACCUCCUGUGUUUCAAAAAUACUCAAUAUCUGGAUGCCGACCAAGUCAUGAAGUGGUUCCAGAUUGCCGUCACCAAGGCCUGGAACAGAAUCUCCCACAAAUAUGAAUUUGACCUUUCCUUCAGCCUCCUGGAUUCACCAGGAGCCCUGAAGAUAAAAUUUAAAUCGGGGAAAUCGAUUGCCUUCAACCUCACCCCUGUGGUGCAGUAUGAGAACUCUGACGUUUACUUCAUCUCCCACUUCCCUCGGAGCAGUCUGGCAGCAGACGUCCCCUCCAGCACCCACUGGUUUCUCACCUUCGCAGUGUAUGAGAGGAGGUUCAUCCAGCUGGUCUCCAAAACACUGCCUGCCAAUGCCUGCCACGUCAGCUGCCUUCAGAUCCUCUCCUUCCUCCAUGGGAAGCAGUGCAGCCUCACAGGUCCCAGCGGGCUCACCAACUACCACCUGAAAACAGUGCUGCUGCAUCUCCUGCAGGCACGUCCCAGUCAGGACUGGGCCCCAGAAAAGCUGGAGGCCCGCCUACAGGACAUGCUGAAAUUCCUAGAAAAAUGUUUGCAUGAAAAGAAGCUUUAUCACUUCUUUAUCGGCAAUGGGAAGGUACCAGCAGAGCUGGGUUUCCCCAUCAUAUUUCAGAGGGCGGAGCCUCUCAACCUUUUCCGUCCCUUUGUGCUACGCAGGGACAUUUACAGGAAGAUGGUGGACACGUUCCACGAGAUGCUCAAGAACAUGUCUGCACUGAUAAAUGAGUACACAGUGCACAUUCCCCUUGCACACACCAAUGGGAUCCGUAAGGAACCCCUUUAGCCAAAGCCAAAAUCUAAGCACAGGUCCAGAGGCCAACUCUCUGAAGCCUCCUAGAGACAACUGAUUUUGCCAAUAGAGCUUCUUGUCUGGAGCUGAACCAGUCCUGGGCCGUGGUUCCUGCUGAAAGGAAGAGGCUAUGGGGGGAGAAUAGGGAGAAACUGGAAGAUGUGCUGUUGAACUAGGUUUCUCUUCCACUGCUGUGCUUGGUUUUAUGCAGCUAAGAAUAUAUUUUUUCUAUUGUGCCUCAUGCUACAGCAGUGGUGAGCAACAAAUAUAAGUAAUUUAUUCAGAUGCCUGCAAUGCAAAUGGGGAUGGGGGUGUGAUGGUGGCCAAAUACUUCAUUUCCUUCAGAAGGGGGAGAUAAGAACAGGGUGGAGGAAUCAGAGACAGGAUCUUUGGAUCAAAGGAGCCUGUCUGCUUGUAGACAGCAGGAGCUCUUUCACCAAUGGGAAGUGCAGCAUAAGUCUACAUGCUGGUGUGGGGAGGAGGAGGGUCAUGCAAAAGAUCUGGACUGGAUGGAGAUCCUUAAAUAAAGCACAGCUUCAAAAGGGAACUGUAGUUAAAACAAAAAAAGGAAAAAAAAGAAAAAAAAAAAAAACAAAAAAAAAGCAGAAGAAAAAGCUUUCUGAAUUGGACUUGCAACAGUCACUUAAAUGACUUGUCCUGUCCUUCAGAAAUACCCCUGCACAAUUUUUCUCCUGUGGGAGGAUGUAGCAGAGCAGGGUCUGUGUCAUCAGAUUAUUUCAUUCAAGUCUUCCAUGGUAACAUGGCUAGUGGUUUAUAUUCCUGUCCAUUUUGUAUGGAUCAAUGAACAGGAACCUUUAUUUAUUAUCUUAGAUAAAAGAAACACCACUGCUCGGUUCUGACAUUUUGGGUUGUCUGUUUUCAGUUCCAGCCUAAACUAUUAUGAUUUUAUGACUGCUGUAAGUUUUGCUUUCCUAAAAGAAGCAGUUCUCCAAAAUUAUCCUAUAAUGAAGCCAAUCUCAGCAGUCUGGUAGCAGGAGUGAACAAUACCCUCCAAAUGAGAGGUUUUAAUUAGGCCAAGGCCAGCAGGGAGAAGGAAGGGAUGAAAAAGAUGCAGAUGUAGUAGAUCUGGGCAGUGCUGCUUGGAGCUGCCUUAUGAUCCGUGUUGCAUCCCUUCUGCUCCACAUAUGCAGGCAAAAGCUACUUUUUACAUUCUCCUCAGUCUUUUUAAAGACUGCUGCUCUGAGGAGCUGUACUAGUAGACUGUAAUCUGCUGAGCUGGGAGUGCAAAGGAGGAGAGCUGCUGCAGGCUUUCAGGCCAGGGGAGAAUCUUGAGGCAUGUGAUAAAACAAAACCAAAACAUUGCAGAAAUGGAAAUGCCUGAAAUCCCACAGGAAGCAUGUUAGUGCUGUGCCAGUGGGCUGCCCAGCCCCAGCAAGGUGUCUUUGCUGAAGGAGAGGACUCAGGAGAUCCUCACCCUCCUGAGUGCAGGGUCCAGGCCAGGGCCCCAGUGCAUAAUUCCUUUAUGCUAGUCCCAGAAGCCUGGCCUCCAGUGCUAGGGGGCCUUUCCUACCAUUUUCUCACACUAAAAUUUCCUGCAAAGUUUUACACUAGGGCUUCACUUAAUCCUGUUUACAAGAGGGUGGUUGUUCUGUGAGGUAAGACCCGUCAGGGAUGUUUUUACCAUCACUCCAUAUGUCCCUUUUUAUCAAUCCUCUCACAUCCGAGAGACAAUUCAAUCCUGUAUCACUGCUGGAGACAACAUACAGCAUGAAGCUUGUUAUCCAGCCUUAGCCAGUUAUCAACAGUUAUCAGCAAACUCUCCAUAGACAUGUCCUCUCUUCCCUUUUCCAGGUAAAAACUGUUUUACCACCUCAUUGGUGUCUGCUCUUCUCUGUCCUGCCACCACUGAGGGACACAUCACACACAGAGGCAGAGAAAGCUGUAACUGCUGUCUCCACAUCUGGUUUAUAAGAAGGCACAGAUGGUGACAGAGCUAUGCCCAAAGUGCUGCCUCCCUUGGCUUUUAUUACCACAGGUAGUUAAGUAGGAUCUCUGAACAGAAAGUAAGGGUAGGUAGGAAUGGGGGAGAAGAGGCUGGUGGGUAAUGCCAGUAAGAAAGAGUCUUGGAUCAUCAGUGCUUGCUUCAGCAUCCUUGGUGAUAAGUGCCUGGGAGAUUGCCAGGAGAGCAACAGGGCAGGACUAAUUGCUGACGCUAACGAGUGCUGUAAAUCCCUGGCUUUCCUUAGUACAGCCAAGAAGGCUUUCCCCAGUAGGAAAGAGCAGGAGCAAUCUCAAGGGCCAUGGCAAGCAGGUAGUGACAAGCAGAGGUAUAGGGAGAGUGGGUCAGUACUGCAGCCUGGAGGCUGCCUCAGAAGCUGUGUAAGUCAUUUGCAAACCCAGGUGAUCUGCCAUUUUUACCUGCCCAGAUUUACUGCAAAGUGCCCAUAGCAGACCCAGCUUUACAUGGACUGCUGGCAAACAGGUCACACUGGAGCAGUUAUGGUUGAAGUUGCUUCUAAAUGUGCUCCCAGCCCAGCCAGAGAUAAAUUAGAAUUUCACUGCCAUUUCCUGUCAGGAGUCUAAAUUUAGACUGUCCAAAGAACAGAAAAAAAAUUGUGACCCAGGUCUCUCAGGAAAUGACAUUCAGAGUUGAAAAAUAACUUUUAUAUAAGGUUGAGCAGGAGGAGCAUGAGAAGAAAAGGCUGUUGAAUAGAAUAAGGUAACUCCCCUAUUAAAAUGUCAGAACAAAGCUUUGCAACACCAGUUGCAACAGGCUUGUAAACGUGCCCAAACUAGUCUUUACACAGCCCCAAGCACUGCUGCUCAAAGGGAACCUGAACUGAUAAGUGGAUCGAGUCUUUUGUUCUUUGUUUUUUGUACUUGUAUGCCUGUUCUCUCUUUGCCCAAACUGACCCUGAAGUAUUCCCAUGGGGUUUAGCUGAACAGAAGCUGGAGCUGAAUCAAGUAAUUUAUGGAUUUAAUUCUACUGAAAGCAAAUUACUUGGCUUGGUUUUCCUACAUGCAAUAUGCUCAUUUUGCCCUGAGCACCUUUAAAAUGAUCUGUGAGGAGACCCACUUAAACCUGUUGGGGGAAAUGUUACCUGUGAUUAUAAGCUGUGCUCCAGUCAGCCUCAGAGUGGAGAUCCUCCUUGCAAACAAAGGUACAGACAUGUCCCAUCAGAGGAGAGGCUGGUGUGACACACUGUUUCCUUGGACCACACCUCUGCCAUGGUACAAGGAGACCAUGAUGUGAAGCACAUCAUUCCUUGGACUCCCUUGUCUCUCCUGGAUCAAAUCUUUGCCCACCAAAUACUAGCCUAUUAGUAAAAUCCCAUACUCACAUUUCACAAAAUAAGGGUUAUAAGACAAUUCAGCUCCAUCAGCUGCCAGCCAGUAAAAAAAAAAUGUCUUAAGACAUUUUAGUGUUGCCCAUGAGCAGUUCUGCCUUGAUUGAAAUCUGAGUGGGUAAUCAUAUGAAGCAGCUUUAAAGGAUGGGAUUAGAAGUGAGAUUUUGUGGUUUAAAGUAAAAAAUGUUCUUUUAAAACCAUACUGCAUAUGGCACCUGAGUAACAAAAAUCUCUUUGGCAAUGCCUGGAUCUCUGUGAGACAUCCUAAAGAAAAGUAAACAGCCUGUCCUGGACUCUCAAUGCUGUUCUUGCCAUUUGUUAACCAGGCGAAUUCAACAGAUGAACUCCAAGUGCCUUCCACUGGUUUCCAGCCACUCCCUGAGCCCUCAGCUUGUGGUUUUAAUAUUUUAUUAGAGGCUCUGUCAAAGCAAUGGAAUUAGUGGUGAGUUGAUAGCAGCCACUGAUCUACAGCAUAGCCUCAGGAGCCAUUUGCCUUUAGAAAAUGUCUUGGUCUAAGGUUAUUACUGCUGUACAGGAGCUAAAUGUCUUCUGAGGGGAGGUGUUGGGUGUUCACUGUUAAGCAGGCACAGAAAAGAGUUUCUCUCUUUCCAAGUUGCUCUGUAUACAGGUAUAUACAGGGGUAUAAAAAUGUAGUUUAGCAAAAUGAUCUAAAGUAUUAUCCAGUAUUCAAGCAGCAGGAUUUGGUUUUUGUUCACCAGCCAUUUUUGAUUCAAAGUCUUUGCAGUGUUUUCUCUGUGGUGAAGAAGUGAGACUUUAGGCACCUGUAACAGCUUUGCUGCUGCUUAGUGAGGAAUUGUCUCUCAUAGGACCCUACCUGGUAAACAGCUUUAUUUAUUACUUGUCUUUUUUUUAGAACUGGGUGGGGGGGCUCUGUGUAACAUGUUAGCUCAGAAGCAAAACUGUAGUACAGAGAUGAUCUUGGCAAUGCAGCCAAGAUGGGCAGUAACACCAGAACUCUCCAGACUAAGGUCUUCCUUGAUUGACAAUGCUGUAUUUAAAUUGCUGCUUCUAUAGCAGGACACUGUUCUAUUUGUAUAGAUCUUCUCAUGCAGCUUUAUUUAUAAUAAAGGAAG